AUGCAAAAAUAUAAACCAGAUAAGUUAGAGUCAUGUAGUAGUAGUGGUAGAAGAAGUGGUGGUAUUGGUGGUGAUGGUAUUGGUAGUGGUGGUGGUGUUGGUUGUGGUGGUGGUAAUUCUAGUAGUGGGAGUAGUAGGAGUUUUAGAAGAAGUAGUAACAGUAGUAGUAGUAGUAGUAACAUCGAUUAUUCGGAUGAAACCUAUUUGGAUGGAUUUACGCCAAAAUGUACUCCAUUAGAAAGAAGGGACGGUGUUUGUGAGGUUAUUCAAUCGUUUUAUAAUAUUUCAACAUUCCCAAAUAUGCUCGGGCAUCAAAGUAUUGAAGAGGCAAAGGCUGAGUUUCAAGACUUUCAACCGUUAAUUGAUGCUAAUUGCUCCAAAAGCCUUGAAAAAUUACUGUGUUUUAUUUAUUUCCCCCCUUGUACAACAUAUAACAGCCUGCUUAAAGUAUGCCAAUCAUAUUGUGAAGAGGCCGUUACUAAAGAAUGUCGGGAAAUUUUAAAAAGCGUUAAAAAGCGUCCUCCUGUACUAGAAUGCGGACAGUACCCCCGUUCGGAUAGCAAGGAUAAUAUUAUUUGUAUUACACCCAAUGAUACGCUUUCAAAAAGUGGCGGGACGGUGUCUACAGCUACCGCGGGUACCAUAAUCUACCCAAAUUAUAUUGACGAAACUUCCGAAGAAUCUAAAGAAG